UCCAAAUGAAUCCAAACGAAGUAGUGUAUAUUUCCAACAUUCCCAAGCAAACAUCGCUAGCGGAGCUGCAAAGCUUCUUGCGGUCCUCAGGAAAUGUGAUCGGUGUUGCUUUUAUGCGUGAAAAUCGAAAUGACUGCCGCACAAAGAUUGCUUUCGUGCUGUUCGAAAAUGAAAUUCAAGCGGCAGAAGCUUGCAAUUUGGAUCAAACUUUAUUUCACUCCCACCGUUUGAGCGUACUGCUCUCGAACGAUGAUCGUAAAUUUUGUGCAGGCUUCACGAUUGCCAUCCAAAACACAUCCUCCGAUACAAGCGAGGAGGAUCUUUUUGAGGCGUGUUGCAGGUAUGGAAAUGUGGAAACCGUCCAAAUACCGACCAACUUUUACGCUUUCGUUGGUUUCACGGAGCGCUCUGCAGCACAUGCUGCGCAGCGUAAGCUUAAUAACAGCAUCCUGAAGAAACAAAAAGUCUCCGUGAAGGUACUAGAUGAAGAUAUGCGUGUUCGGUUGGAAGAUUUAGACAGCUUCAAGUCGCCCCGGGUCUACAAUGAGCUCUUGCGUGCCAAGCAACAGCAUGCCGCCACCCACAGCCAGAAAAUCGAGCGGCCUGCGCAAGGAUUUAAUCCCAGACCGGCAGAGUCCGGACGCCUGAUACAAAUGGACCCGUCCAUGGACCAUGAUCUGCAAAAUCUGCAAAGACAUGCUCACGAUGCAGAAUGGAACUCAUUCGAGCAGUACGACGGUGAUUAUCAUGGCGGUGACAACGAUGACUGGUCGCCGAGCGACUGUGAAGUUGAUGAACCUUCGGCUGAGGGGAAUGAUGGCCUUGAUUACGUGUGCGAUGAUCAAGAGAACGAAACAAUGAUGGUCUUUCGCAAAGAGUUGAAGUUUGGUAGCCCACGAUCGACACCAGAACACGAUUUUAUGGUUAAAUUCGAGAAUGUUCCACGCGAGGUGUACGAGGAAGACAUGGCCAUCUACUGUCAACAAUAUGGAGCGAUUGUGAGCAUCGAAAAAGCAUCCUGCAAUUCUCGGUAUCACAAGUACUAUUUGGUAACAUACGAGAAAAAACAAUAUCAGCUUGAGGCUAUCAAGUAUUUUCGGCAGCAGGCGGAAAUAUCUGGAGUCGUUUGUACCAUGUUUGCAAUGAUUCCUGGCGAUGCGCUUAAGCCUUUUCACUCGAGAUGUGUGUUGAUUAAUUAUUUGUCGUUCCACAUUCGCUACGAAGACAUAGCGGAGGCGUUCGCUAACAUAGGCGACGUAGUAUAUGUUGAACGCAGGAUACACAACUAUGGUCCGUCAAUUGUGCACUUCCGUCAGACCAUUAAAUUGGAGCAAGCGCGUGGAACAAAUAAUAUUGCUGGCACCCCGAUCGUUAUAGGACCGGUUAAUAAAAAAACAAUUAAACAAUUCACCACCCAGGCACCUAAGUUCAAGAAGGCAUUAGCGAAGCAAUUUAAGGGUGUGCCGAAGAGUGCCAAACUUACUGCAAUCGAAGCAAAAGAGGCAGAGGAACGUAGAGAGAAUAUUGUUAUUAAGACACGCCACAACCCACACUAUCAUAAUCCUAACCCUUCAAAGUACAGUCAUGAAGUGGCUCUUUACAAUUGUCCCAAAACUGUCACUUUCUUUGAAUUGAAGAACUACUUUCUACGAGCAGCGGAUGUGGUAGCCAUGCGUCACGAACCGAGUCAGUUCGAUCCAUCCACUUGGCGGGUGUAUGUAAGUUUUGCUAACUAUUUAGAUGCAUUCCGUGCCGUUCGAUUGCGCGGAAAGAUAAGUGGUGAGUAUGUUUAUAAGCAUAUCGCCGCUGAAACACCAAGGCUGGACACCGCAGAGGUGGUCAUGGUCACAAUUAGCGCUGGUAAGUCAUUAUAA